UUUCUUAACAAGUAUUCCCGAUCGAGUACAAUCUUCAUUUAGCGAUGAAGUAUCAAUCUUACCAUUUUUUUCUUCUAUUCUUAUGCUCAUCCCUAAGCUUCUAUCCAAAUAUGACCAAGGGCAGCCAUGUCAGCAUCACUUCCUUGUUUCAUGUUGGCGUCGUUCUUGAUUCGAAUUCUGUGGUUGGAAGUGCUGUCUGGAGAUGCAUUGAAAGGGCACUCUUGGACUUUUAUGCCAUUCAUCCAAGCUAUGGCUCUAGAAUUAUACUCCGUGUAAGGGAUUGGAAGGGUGAUGCCUACUUCAGCGCAGUAUCUUUAGCCAUGGAUUUAAUAGAAGAUGUCGGAGUGCAGGCCAUUAUUGGGCCAGAUGAUUUCUUGGUCGCCUUGGGAAACAAAGUUCACAUACCAAUAUUUUCCUUCUCUUCAUACAAUUUUAGCCUCUCACCUUCCCAAUUUCCUUACUUUGUGCGAAUUGCACAAAAUAAAGACUCAUCCCACGUCAAAGAAAUUGCCGGCAUUGUGCAAGCAUAUCAGCGGAGAGAAGUAUCUGUCAUUCAUGAUGACACUGAUGAAAGUGAAGUAGUAAUACCGUACCUUAUUGAUGCCCUCCGAGAGAUAGGUGCUCAAGUACGCCAAAGAAUUAUCUUGCCCUAUACUGCAGAAACCGAAGUGAUCAUGGAUACCCUGUUCAUGCUAGAAGGAACCAAAACAAGAGUCUUCAUCGUUCAUCUCUGUCAUUCUCUUGGCUCCUCUUUUAUCUUGCAAGUCAAGGAGGCGGGAAUGAUGAAACCUGGGUACUUGUGGAUUGCUACUAGUGCUGGACUUACUGAUCCUACCGUCCAUAAGCACUCUACUUUCUGCCGUUCCGGUGAAGGAGUUAUAAUAGGAGUGAAGCCUAAGUUGCCACCAUCUCAGGUCGCUCAUAUGUUUGAAAAUCACCGGAGGAGACAAGUUCAAAAGGAAGACAUAGACAUGGAGAAAAUUAAACUCAACGUAUAUGCAGCUCUCUGGGCAUAUAACGCACUAUGGGUCAUGACAAAUGCAGUAGAAAAAGCUGAUUUUGGUUCAACCAAGAACUUUUGGUCUACUGCAGAUGAUUUAUCCAAAAUGCUUGCCCCCAAAUUUGAGAUGGUUAAUGCGACAGAAAGACAAAAUCAAGACAAAUCUGGAAAUCCAACCCAUGGGUCUGUCAUUUCACGGCGUUUAUUGACCAGCUCAGGAAAUGCAACAGAGAACAUUUUGCCCAACUCUACUGUACAACCUGAAGUUACAUGUAAAAAUGCUAGUGAUGUUGAAAUUUUGAAGAUUGCGGUCCCUUAUAAUACCACGUUUGAUAGCUUUGUUAGUGUGAGAAACAGUAUGUUCAAUGGUUUCUCAAUAGAAGUUUUUGACGCUGUUAUGAGUAAGCUACACUAUUGUUACAAGUAUGUGGCAUUUGAUUUUGGAGACUCUUACAACAGUAUGACGGAUAUGGUAUACCAUCAGGAAUUCGAUGGAGCAGUAGGAGACAUAACAAUUACAGCGCAUAGAUUGAACAUUGUGGACUUCACUCAACCAUACACUGGUUCUGGAGUUCGCAUGAUUGUACCAAUACAGCACGAGAGAGAUACAGAUGGUUUAUGGUGGUUUUUCAAGCCAUUUACACUGCAACUGUGGUUAACUACCUUUGUUGUCUUCAUCUUGAAAGGAGUAUUGGUAUGGCUCUUUGAGAAUGGAAAAAAUCCUGAGUUCCAGGGCGAACAUCAGUUGGGGAGGGUUCUUUACUUUUCCUUCUCGCUAUUUGUUUUUGCACAAAAAGAAAAUCUUCAGACCAACUACUCUAGAUUCGUAAUAUACUUGUGGAUGUUCACAUUGUUCGUUAUUGUGGCAAGUUAUAAUGCAAACCUAACUUCCAUCUUAACGGUGGACAACCUACGACCGUCCGUUACAAGUCUUGAUCAAUUGGUCAACGAUGGAAGUUAUGUUGGGUAUCAAAAGGGGUCUUUUGUGUAUGAUCUGUUGAAGGAGAGAUUCCCUAAAGAAAAGCUUAUAAACCUUUCUACACCUACCGAAUUUGCACAAGCUUUAUCAAACAAAAGUGUUGCUGCAAUUGUUGAAGAAGUCCCAGUUAUUAAUGUAUUUCUAAAGAUGUACUGCAACCAGUUCACCAUAGCUGGACCGACUAUUCAAACCGGAGGGUUUGGCUUUGCAUUUCAGAAAAAGUACUCCACUAUGAUAUCUGAAGUGUCUGAACAAAUUUUGGCGAUUUCUGAAAAUCAAGUGUUGGAUGGAAUUGAAAAUAAAUAUUUUGGACAUCAAACAUGUUUGGACCCUUCUGUACAGCCUUCGUAGCAUAUACUUUGUUGUUGGAAUAGGUUCUGCUUCUGCUCUCCUUGUUUAUUUUAUUUGCUUAUGGCGACGUAAAUGUGAGGAUAAUGAUCAAAAUGGACAACCCCAUUUGGCUACAACCCAGGAGAUUGCACAUCAUGAACACGAUGGACAACCACAGCUGACUGUACAUCAUGACGGAAAUACACGAGAAAUCUCCAUAAAAUGGUCAUGCCAUUGUCCUAAUCGUCGCUGCCAUCUCCUACAAACCAAUGUUGUAUGACAUCGAAUGCGAUGAAGGAAGGGAUAUUGAAAGGAAAUAUAAA